CAAGAGGCAUCCCCUGCUGAGGAGGAACAGAAUCUCUCUCAAGAACCUAACCUGUCCCAAGAGGCUAGCCACAGCUCCUUUGAGUCUGAGACAGACUUUGAGGUGGCAAAACUGUGGAAGAGGUCGGAGAUGGCAAUGAUGCCGGGACUCGAGAAGGGUCUGGAGGAAGGGAAACUGUAUGAGGCGACGAAUUUCGGCGACAAGGGGGAACAUGACAAAGUCUCAACCGUAGAGAUGCUGUCUAAGUCUCCUCCGAAGGUCAGGUUCAGUCCCGUGGUGGAGAUAAUCCAGACGAGAGAGAUUGAGCAGACGAUGAGCGAACAGUUGUCAUCAGAAACCAAUAGCUCUGAUGAGGAUGAGAGUUCGGCCAGCGAUGCGAAGGAUUCUGAUGACCAUGACUCCGGAGGAGAGGCUGGGGGACCAGCAGAGGAGGAUGCAGGAGGAGCGGAUCAAGAGAAGGAUGAUGAUGAUGGUCCAGAUGAGAGGAAAGAUGAGGAAGAUGCUGAUGAGGACAGCAGGGAGCCCACAGGUGAACCUGAGCAGGAUGCUGCCAUGUUGAGUGCCGAAAGCGAACUCAGCGCCAGCGAAGACAACCUCGGGGAAGAAGUCUCCAGCGAGAUGGAGACUGACCAAGACAACGACCAAGACAUCUUCGAGGAGCUGAUCCAAGACAACAUGAAGAGGAUGGAGGAGCUUCUUCACCACAAGGAGAACCUUGCUCAGGAGAAAGAGCAGUUCCAUCAGCAGGCUGCUCUGUACUCCCUCGCUGUGAAGGUUUCCGAGAACCGAGGAGCCAAGAGGAGGUUGCAGAGAGUCACACGGAGCAACACACAGGCUCUCUUUGGUGAUGAUGAUGAUGAGGAGGAGGAACAGGAAGAGGAGGAUACUGGAAAGACUGCAGAAAGAUCGGGCGUGGAGCAGCUGGAGGGAAGAGUGAUGGAUGUGGACACUGGUAGUGAUUCUGAAUGGAGCAAGCAGCUAGCAACAGGGCCAGGGAUCGAGCAGUUGGAGAUCGCACGCAAACUCUCUCCUCAAGAAACAUCGAUGACCAAAGAACCUGCUCCUGAGGAGGCAAGUGAGGAGGAGCUGGAGAAGGUUGGGAGCUGGAACAUGGAGUCAAUCAUAGCAGACCUGAUGCAAGACUACUACCUCCUGGAGGCAGAGUGGGACACCGAGGCUUCGGAGACGGAAGCGUCACAAGACACGUCCAGCGAGGCUGCAGGGCCUUCUGCUUCAUCACAGAAACACACGGCUGCAGUACCAGACAGGGCAGCAAGGGAGCAGUAUGAUGGCUUUCCAUCACCCCCAGACAUGAGUCUGUUGGGGCAAGAUGGAGGAGGAUGGGGGGCUGAAGAUGCUACCAACAAAGAUCACCAAGAGCAGUACAAUCAACAAAGAAAUGACCAAUCACAGGUGCCGCUCACUGAAGGCACAGAUAUUCCAUGGGGAGGGGAGGAGGAACUUCCCCCGCCUCCGUUCUUUGAUUUCUCAGAGGAAGGAGCGAUGGAGGAUUGUCACAGAUACUAUGAUAGUGACACAUAUGGUGCAGCCAGGGAAACAGCUGGAGCUUCCAGAGAGUUCCCUGCAUUUGAUGGACAGAGAGGAGAGGAUAGAAGAGGCGAAGGAAGAAGGAGGGAAGGAGAAGAAUCAAAGGAAGACGAGUUGGCGAGGAUGAUCAGAUUGGCGAGUUGUGAGUUGUACGGUGGAGCAGACAGUCCCAGAAUCAUGCACAAGCAGCGCUCAACAAGUGAUCUCAUGGCCACAGACACAAGCUCUAUCGCCAGCUCAAGUCGCACUGCCAGCGCUAGCGACUUAGCCGAGCUUCUUCAAGAAUCCGCCAGCGAAGACUUGGAGUUCCUUGAGAAAUAUUCCAAGGAGGGGCGGAAGAUGCGCAAGCGGAAGGUCCGGGUGGAGUCCGACUUCCGCUCCCACCUGGAGAAGAUUCUCCGCAAACGUCAGGAGAAGAUGUCGGAGAAGGGCUCAUCAACUCCGGAGUUGGUGAAGAUGUUCCGAUCAGAGUCCAUGGAGAGUUUCUUAUCCAAGGAGCUGGAGGAGAAGAAGAAGAAGAUCGGAGGAUCUGUUCCUUCGUCCCCGGUACCAUCUUCUCCUGCUCCGUCUUCUCCAGUUCCGAGGAGAAGGGAGGAGGAGCCACUCCUCCAGCUCCAGCAGCUCUUCACCGGGAGGCCUCCCACAGGCCUAGGGAGGGGAGACAGGCCCAAGCAGCUUGUGCUCAUCCGCAGAAAGAAAAAUGAGCCGUAACUGCAGUGGAAUUAUUCAAGCUGCAGCAAUCUACUGCAGCAAACGUGAUGCAUUCGAAUAUAUAUGCCAGCAAUGUCAUGGUUGUAGGAGAAGAUGCUCAAAGCAGAUUCUGGUCAUCCGCAGAAAGAAGAAUGAGCCAUAACUGCAGCUGAAAAUCAUGCUGCAAAAAGCUACUGCAGCAAAUAUGAUACAUUUGAAUAAACUGUAUAUGACAGCAAUGUUGUGCCAGUAGGAGAGAUGCUCAAAGCAGUUUCUGGUCAUCUGCAGAAAGAAGAAUGGUUUGUAGAAGCAGCAGUACUGUUUAUUUAGCAUUUCUGCAAGAGAUUGAAGAAGACUUGUUCUUAUAGCUACAGCUGUUCAUAUGGG